AUUAAAUAUAUCUCUUUUGACAAGGAAAUGCUCUCACUGAUCAGGGAAGGAGCAUAUCUACCUUGAUACACAAGAGUCUGGUUGCUGCUGACAUCCUCUUGUUUUCAUAUUAUGUACCAUACCGCGUUGAGAACAAUAAGCUAAUCAUUACUCAGAUUGGUAGAUGAAAAUAAGUUUAGCUUUUUUUAAUGUCUCAUCCAUUUCAACUGCACAGGGUGUCCCAGGGGAGAAUCUUAAGAUCUAAGAAAAUGUACAAUGCAUUUAAGUGCAUAUGUCUGGCAUACUUUGCAAAUACUCUGCAGUCCAUGCUAUACUUAUGUAUGUGUGUAUUGAUCCCCAAGCUUUCUUGAUUUUAUCUCCAGUAAGUAGGCUUGAACAUAGCUGCCAUGUUUAGGGAUUUCUGGCAUGUAAUGUAUGAAAGGAAGGUUCACUGUAUUACUCCCAUAAAGGUGCUGAUCCUUGUCUCACAUGCUUUUUUAAUGGGAUAGAUAUUUGAUUUUUUAUUUUGUCUGCUAGGAUUUUGAAUCCUUGGCUUUAAGCCUGUCACAAAAGAGGGAAGUGCAUUGAGGACUAUAUGUGUUAACCUGUGGUGUGUCUCCUUCCCCUGAGACGGGUGCCCCUUUCCUGACAGGCGGAUGAGAGCUGGCCCUGCCGAGACCCCGGUCGCAGCAGUCGAGAACGUGCCGACGAUCGUCGCCGGGUGCGGCGACACGGCUCGAGCUCCGAUGAGGAUUCAAACAGACGCCUGAGCCGGGAUAGAAGUCGAGAGCGGAGGGAUCGCGAUCGUCAUCGCAGCUCCAGCCGGGACCGGAAGAGGAGACCUGGCGAUCGGAGACAGGAUCGUCGCCGCAGACGUUCUCGCAGCCAGGAUAGGGCGGAGUCGUGAUCGGGACCGAUCUCCUCAGCGUCGAUCUCCCUCCCCCAGACGUUCACAAUCCCAAAGCAAGGGCAAGGCUGCUGAUGA